AAGAAAACAAAAUUGGAACGGUGCCGCUACCUGAAGUCAUCGUCCGAAAGAAGCUGCCGCAGAGCGACCGAGAACAGGCUCUGGUUUUCCUUGUAUUGUUGUUUCUGAAUCCUGGAAACCCAAACAAACACACACGCGAGAGGCAGGAGCAGAGCAUAGACUGCAGCAUGGAAGGAUCGAGGGAUGCAUACCCAUCACAAGUGCACAACGUGUACCCAUACCCACAGGCAAUGGUCUACCCGCCGGCGCCACCGAUCUCACAGGGCUACCAGACCAACCUUGGUGAAGCAAGCGCUCCCUACAGCAGCUGGUCAGGGCAGCCAGCAGCUCCACCUGAUCAUGGACCUUACCUGUACCGCUACCACGACGACCCUGACUGCUUCACCUUCUUGAGAGGAUGUUUGACUGGGCUGUGCUGCUGCUGCUUGUUGGGACGGUGUUGCUACUGACUGCCACUGUGCCACAUGCCACACUCUCUACCUGCUUAUACAUGGACCAGAGCCGCAACCCUUUCUUCUGUUCGGUUACUCCUAGCUAUGUAUGCCUCCUCUCAAGUGUUCCACAUACUUACAGGUGCACGAUGUGAUAUGUAGCUCGACACAUAUGUAUGAAUGUAUCAGAAGUUCAGAA